ACGGGACGUGGUUAAUAAGGUUGGGUGGAGCUUGAUGAUGUUCGAGUUACUGUAAGUUGCAAAACAAGUGAAAAAUUCCACGUGGUCGUCUCGCUGCUUCCACUGUCAGCCCUCAUAGAAAACUGAUCUUUCAUUAUUCCCGGGUUCAUAUGUAAAGGUAUACUCGUGUACUAAAGCUGCACAUAGGUGAAAUUUUAAAGCAAAACGCAACAGCGUACAUAAGAUGAGAUUUUGCUUGCGCGCGCCCAGUUGAAGAGAAGACUUGACUGUAGAGGGAAUCAGCUAAAUAACGCGAGCUAUCUUGCCUUGUAUGUUAAAUAUAGUCAGGAGUUGGAGCAACAUACAGUUUGAAGAACUGUCUUUGGUUUUCGGUAGCAAGAAAGAGAUGGCUUGUAAUUGGGCUUGAUCCAUCAGCUGGUGUGGUGUUUAUGCACGCAACUGUUUGUAAGAACUCAUAUUUGGGAAACAGUCUUUUCACCCUGUGUCCUAAUUUCCUUUCCUGGAAUUCUGUUAAUCAACUGGAUGGCCCAGCAGGAGACGACAAGGGAGCAGAAGUCCAUUGUAUCAGAUGUUACACAUCAUGAGAAUGCUGAGUCUAUAGAUGGGGAUGAUGGCACCACUGGAAAUGAAAUUCGACAAGAGUACACCAGUUCAGAAUCCUCGCUCAAGAAAAAAAGGGCUGUGAAAAGGGCCGGGGAUGCAGAAAAAGGAAUUCUGAAACCCAUCAAACUGAGCAAGUCUGACCUCUACAAACCACCAACUAAUGAAGAACUGAACCAGCUGAAGGAAACUGAGAACCUGUUUCAUUCCAGCCUCCUCCGCAUGCAGAUAGAAGAGCUUCUGAAAGAAGUGAGGCUAAAAGAGAAGAGGAGGAAUUGCAUUGACGCAUUCCUUCAUGAGGUCAAAAACGUACUGAGCAGUAUCCCUGAAACAUCAGUAACAGAUAUCACAGACCAGUCCUGGCUCCCCCGUGAUGUAAAAGUACCAUUUCUGCAAGUUCCAUAUAAUGUGAAAGGAAAGUUUUGCUUUCUUCCCCCAUUGUCAGUCAAGGUUGUUGGUAGCUACCUUCUUGAUAUGUGUGUGAAGCCAGAUAUCACUGUAGAUGUUGCCAUUACAAUGCCUAAGGAAAUUCUUCAAGACAAGGAUAACUUAAACCAGCGUUACCACAGGAAAAGGGCUCUUUACUUGUCUCAUAUUGCCAGUUACCUAGCCAAGAAUGAGCUGUUUGAGAGUGUAAAGUUUGGUUACAUGAACAGUAAUCAUCUAAAACCUGUUUUACUUAUCAAACCAAAAGGUAAAGAUGUGAAGCUGCUGACUGUACGACUCCUGGCUUCUGCUCCACAAGGAUUUUUCAAACUUGGUCGUUUUCUUCCCAGUAAAAACAACAUCAGAAGUGCCUGGUUCAUGGAACAGAGCUUGUCACAGGAAGGUGUAAAUGAUCCUCCAACUCCUCACUAUAACAAUUCUAUCCUCACUGACCUAGUCCUGGAGCAGCACCUCCAUUUCCUUUUUAAUGCUGCCACAGAUUUCCCUGGCAUGAAAGAUGGCGUUGCCAUUCUCAAAGUCUGGUUAAGGCAGCGUGAGCUUGACAAGGGUUUUGGCUCUUUUAGUGGCUUCAUUGCUUCAAUGCUUGUUGCAUACCUUGUCUCCAAGCACAAAAUCAAUAAGAUGAUGAGCGGUUACCAAAUUCUGAGAAAUGUCCUUCAGUUCUUGGCCACUACUGACCUUACUGAAAAUGGAAUAACUAUGGCACAGAACAAAGAUGAUUCAGCGCCCUCUCUCGCAGAAUUUCAUCAAGCUUUUGAUGUUGUCAUGGUUGAUCCCUCUGGAUAUGUGAAUCUUUGUGCUGAAAUGACUGCAAGCAAAUACAAACAGGUCCAGUUUGAAGCAAAGCAGUCAAUGGAAAUCCUGGAUGAUAAAACUACAGAUGGUUUUCAAAUGCUUCUGAUGACUCCAAAACCUUUUGUGCGAACCUUUGACCAUGUGUUUUUUAUCAAAAAUUUGGUGAAAUUGCAAGGUACCUGUAAAAAAAUGAAUUUGCUGAAUGAAAUGAUGGAUCACGGUGGAAACUACAUAGUGGCUGCUUUACCUUACAUUGUUUCUGUACUCUUACGAGGGUUGGGACAGAGGGUUCAGCUCUUUUCUCAUUCUUUGAUCGAAACCCCAGAGUGGGCCAUCAGUGAAGAUCCCCCAAAGCACAAGGAUAUCAAAUUCUUAACAUUUGGUUUGUUGCUGAACAGUGAAUUCUGUACCAUUGUAUUGGACAGGGGUCCACAGGCAGAUAACCCAGAGGCUGUGGAAUUCAGAACAUUCUGGGGGCAGAAAUCAGAGCUUCGUCGAUUCCAGGAUGGUGCUAUAUGUGAGGCAGUAGUUUGGCAAGCAGAAACAAUGUGUGAAAAGCGACUCAUCCAAGAACAAAUUAUUCAGUAUCUCUUGGAACUGCAUGCUGAUAUUCCCAGCUCUUCCUUGAGUUAUGUUGGUGGUCUGCUAGAUUCUAUUAUCAAAGUCAAAGAUGAGCCUUUGGGCACAGGAGAAGAAGAAAGUGUUGCUGUUAUUAAAUCUUAUGAUGACCUGAGUCGAAAACUCUGGAAUCUAGAAGAACUUCCAUUGACUGUAACUUCUGUCCAAGGGACCCACCCAGCUCUCCGAUACACAGAUGUAUUCCCACCUGUCUGUGUUAAACCAGAUUACGCGUGUUACAAGAAAACAAAAGACAAGUCCCUUCUCCCUUUGGAAGACAAACCCUGCCCGGUAUACAUUCCAGCACUUACAGUUAUCUGUCAUAUGGAAGGAAGUGGAAAGUGGCCCCAAGACAAAGAAGCUAUUAAACGCAUUAAAGCAGCAUUUCACAUUCGGCUGACUGAGCUACUAAACCAGCAGCAUCAGCUGCUGUGCAGGCCUACAGCGACUCACGUUGAUGUAUACAAGGAUGGUUAUGUUUUCAGAAUUCAAGUGGCCUAUCACAGAGAACCAUUGAUCUUAAAGGAAGUUAUCACCCCAGAAGGGAUGUUGAAGUACAAGGACACUGAUGAAUCUUUAAAACUGGAGACGGAUACGAUUCACAGGCCAUAUCUUACCAGCACAUUACAUGGCCUUCAGCAGCAGUUUCCAGCUUACAGUGGCACCUGCCGGCUAGCUAAACGUUGGAUCAGAGCUCAGUUAUUGGGUGAUUUUAUCUCCGAGGAAUGCACAGAUCUCAUGGUAGCCUUCCUGUUCUUACAUCCAGCACCACACACACCACCUAGUUCUCCUCAGGUUGGAUUGCUCCGUUUUCUUCAUUUGUUGGCGACUUUUGACUGGAAGAACAAUCCACUCAUAGUCAAUCUGAAUGGUGACAUUAAAGAUGUAGAGUAUCCUGAAAUAAAGAAUGAUUUUCUUACCAUAAGAUCCCAGCUGCCUGUCUUGUUCAUUGCUACCCCUAAGGAUAGGAAGGGCUCCAUGUGGACCAAGGAACAACCAUCUGCUCAAAUACUGCAGCGUCUUAUUUUGUUAGCAUUUGAGUCCUUGCAGACACUGGAAAAUUAUCUGAUGGACCCUCUUGGUAACCAUGAUGUGAAGAUGGUGUUCCGUCCACCUGUGGAAUUCUAUGAUAUCAUCAUCCAUUUGAAUCCAAGGCAAAUUCCCAGGCUUUUAGAGGCAGUGGAUAAACCCGCAGUGUCAUUUAGCCGGGGCUUACUGAAGAACAAUGCGUCAGUGAAGACUCUUAGUAUGCCAGUGGUGGAUUAUGAUCCUGUACAAUGUUACCUGAAGGAGCUUCGAGAUGCAUUUGGAGACCUGGCACUUUUUUUCUAUGAUACACAUGGUGGAAGCUUGAUAGGAGUGUUGUGGAAACCACAAGUGUUCAUUCCCCAGCCAUUUAAGACAUCCCAAGUAAAUGGAAGAACACUGGAAUGUAGAAAUAAUGACAUUGUUAUGGUUCCUAAUGUGGAAGCCAUUAUAGAAGAUUUUGAAAUCCUAGGAGAUGGUCUGGUCAAAUCAGUGGAAGCCAGAACUGAGAAAUGGAACAUUUAAAAACCGUCUUACACAUGAAUGACUUACAUGUAGCACAAGCAGUGUGCGUGUCUCACCAUCUUCUUAGUUUUAUGAACCUUAAAAUGCUGCAUCAGCAUCAAUAAAAAAGCACAUUCGUGAUUUUACAGA